CAAACACAGUAUACACCAUGAGAUCUUUGACUGAGGAAGAAACUAAAGUUGUUUUUGAAAAGUUGGCCAACUACGUUGGUAGAAAUAUCAGUUUUCUUAUUGACAAUCCUACCAAUCCUCAUGUUUUCAGACUACAAAAAGAUCGAGUUUAUUACGUUUCUGAACAGAUAGCAAGAUAUGCUACUUCUGUUGCCAGACAAAACUUGAUGUCGGUUGGUACUUGUUUUGGUAAGUUUACUAAGACCGGGAAGUUCAGAUUACAUAUUACUGCAUUGCCAUAUUUAUCGCAAUAUGCCAAAUUUAAAGUAUGGAUUAAAACUAAUGGUGAAAUGCCAUUUUUAUACGGGAAUCAUGUUUUGAAAGCUCAUGUUGGUAGAAUGUCUGAUGAUAUACCAGAACAUGCUGGGUUGAUCGUUUAUUCAAUGCAUGAUGUGCCAUUAGGUUUUGGUGUUAGUGCUAAAUCAACCAAUGAAGCCAAAAAUUUACAACCAACUGGUAUUGUAGCAUUUAGACAAGGUGAUAUUGGUGAAUAUUUAAGAGAAGAAGAUACUUUAUUUACUUAGAAUCAAAAUUUUAAAAUGAUUUCAAUAUUAGCAUAAAGCAAAACUUUAUUUCUCUCUACCUUUUUUCAUUUCCCAUUUCUUU